AUGAAGUAAAUGAUGUGAAUAAAUAAAUAAGAAAACAAUUAGUACGAUAAAUUUUGAUUGAUUGACGAGAGAGGAAUUUAACAAAAAAAAAAAAAACUCGUUAGUGAACCUAAUUGGUAAUAAAAGUUUUUUUCUACAAACAAAAUUAGAAAACGAUUGAAAAUUGAUUAAAAAAAUUUGAAAAAAAAUCGUUCAAUAUAAUAUAAGUAAUGAAAGAAAACAGCUGGCAGAGGUGUAUAUGGAAAAGUAUAAGAGACCGUUACUGCAAAGUUUUCAGGUCCGACCCUCGAUCGUUUUUUUUACCCUCUCUUGUCCCUUCACUCACGGUCGCAUUGCCACUCCAAAGUCAACCGCCCCCACUUUACUUUACUCCAUCCCCAAAGCGUGUUCACGAUACGCGAAAGGACCCAUCGUUAUCCAGUCUUUGCGCCGUGACUCUCGCGAAUGCGGCACAAACUUCUUUCCGCAAUGUGUUUCGUUAAACAAAAAACAAAAAAUUGUAAGGUUUUUAACAACGAAAAUUGUGUUCUUUCAGGAGAAAAAUAUCGUUUAUUUGAAUGAAAUAAAUUCCUUCGCAAUGCACCUUGAGUUUAAAAUGAUUUUACUCGAUUUUCGAGGUAUAAGAGGUCAAAACGUGGGAAGCGAUGAGGAUUCAGUGGCAAAAUGAGGGCAAAAGAUAGUACUCAAGUGCGAGAAAUCCUGAGA